AAGCAGAUGUUGCACCUGUCAUUCAUGAAAUGCACCUAAUUGAGCCAUCUAAUAAAUUUUGGGUGACUUAAUAACUCUUGUUUAUAAAUUUCUGUGUGUUUAUGGUAAACAGAGCUCAAUGGAGAUAAUGUGUGGAGCAUAUGUAAGCUAUUUGAAAAAUUAAGUCUUUCCAUUAAGUUGUCAUGGAAAAAUGCAUUGCGUCCAUAGAGUGCAGUAUAUCACCGGAGGGAAAACUUCCCAGCAAAAGAUUGAGAUAUAAGUUUGGGGAAAGCCACCUAAGUAGCAAAGCAAUUUGUCCACAGUCAAAGAGUCCCUGCUUUUCUCUAUAUAAUAGUUGUUAUGUUUAUGUAGAAAGUCUAGUGCUCUAUUCUAGAGAGUAUAUGCAUUUGGUUAGCAAGCCAGUAGAUAUGUGCAUCAUUGGUUUUGUCUUUAAUAAUUGCUUGGCAAUUCGCACUGCAGGUCUCCUGGUCACCUAUGUGGCUUUGAACUUGAUGGAUGGACAUGGCCAACAUGCUUUGUUAUACAUAGUUCCAUUCACACUUGGUACCUUUUUAACCUUGGGACAGAUGAGAGGUGACCUCAAAGUUCUGUGGACAAGAGGAGAACCAGAGAGGCCGUGCCCGUACGUGUGACUCCAAUCCUCUCACUCUCAAUAGAAGAAUCUGGAUAAAGUAAUUGUGUGAUAGUUGGUUAGUAACU